UCUUUACGCGGCAGCGGCGGCCGCAGGGAGGCGGGGUGAAGCUGCUGAAACCGCGGGGUUGGAGCGACAGCUGCGGCGAUGGCGCACGAAGGCUCGAGGCAGGAGAGGCAGGUCCGAGACCGCGGGGUGACCCGAUCCAAGGCAGAAAAGGUGCGGCCGCCUACGGUGCUGGUGCCGCAGGUGGAAGUCGUGCCUGGGCGGCUCACCGAGGCCGAGUGGAUGGCUCUCACGGCACUCGAGGAAGGCGAAGACAUCGUGGGGGACAUCUUGGCCGAUCUGCUUGCGCGAGUCAUGGGCUCUGCUUUCAAAGUCUACCUGACCCAGCAGUGCGUUCCAUUCACCAUCAGCCAGGCCCGGGAGGCCAUGCUGCAGAUCAUUGAGUGGCGCUUCCUGGCCCGGGACGAGGGAGAAUCUGCAGUGGCCGAGGACCCCACGUGGGGCGAGGACGAGGAGCCCUCGGCAUGCACGACGGACGCCUGGGCUCAGGGAUCUGUGCCUGUGCUGCGCGCGCCCUCCUCUGUGGGGCUGGAGGAGACUUUCCAAGGCGAAGUAAGCCCAGCCCCUAGCUCCCUUCGAACUCCCCCCGCCGCUUCCUCUCGCCCUUUUCUCAUGUCUCACUACCCAUCUCCCACCCCGGGUGCAUUUCUCCAGGACCAAGGGAUCGUGGACCAGAUCCCUUUAGGAAGACCGUGGAUGGAUACAGGAGCACAGGAGCAGAUGGAAUCUUGGGAGCGUUCUCCCGAGCUGAGAGUCACCCCUGGCGCCCCACCCACUCUGGAGCUGUUUCAAGAGAGAGGGCCCGGGCGUCCUUUAGAGGGACUGGACGGCCAGGCUAGAAGCCACCUGUCCUCGGCCGGGUCCUUGAACGGGAGCCUCCAGCCGUCGGUGGAGAUGGCGUGCAUCCGCAGUCCUCACUAUUCUCUGGAGUGCUCCCGCGUAGCCAGCCCCCAGGCCUCCGCCGAGAGGGCGCAGCCCCUCAGCUCCCAGUUCUCACUCGAGGACCUCUACUAUUGCACGCCCCAGCUGCACGCUGCUGGGGACCGGCCGGAGCUCAAGAAGGAGAAGAUACCCCGCGUCGCCUCGGGUGUGUCAGUGGCCAGCCCCUCUGCGGGCGACUCCACCACAGUCAGGCCCUCCGCAUCGUUCCAGCCGCAGCAGCCGCAAUGCCCGGACGCUGGGCUGAGCAUGCCUCACUACAGGGUGGGCCGCAAGGUGGCGGUGGCGCGCCUGGACCCCGCGCGGCUGCCGCGCCACUGGGUGCGCCCGCUGGCCGAAGUUCUACUUCCAGACUCCGAGGCGCGUCCACUGGAAGCCUACCGCGGACGCCCGCGGGGCAAGAAGACCGAGGCCACGGCCGGACCCCUAGCCCCCGGCCCCGGCGUCCACGUCUCCCCCGAAGUUUUCUUCCCUUUCCUGCCUGGCGUUCCUUUCCGUGCCUUAGGCCCCUGCCCCGCCCUCCAAUUACCCACUUUAAGCUUGGGCCUACCGUCGCCAGGCUUCGGAUCAAACCUGCCCUUUCCCAGACCCGGUCUCCGCUUUCUCGCCACGCACCCGGUGCUCCCUGACGUGGCCCGCACCCCCAGCCCCAAACUGUGGCCGGGUGCCAAGUGGCCCAGGGGCUGGGAUGGAGACGCCGAGUUGCUGGGUGACCUAUGGGCCGGCCGCACCCGCGUACCUCCACAGGGCCUGAAUCCUGGGGACCAGGAGGGCCAGGAUCCUCACAGGUGGCCUCAUCCUGAGCCCCGAGUCCUCGAGGCCACGUCCCAGGUGAUGUGGAAACCCAUGUUGCUGCCGGAAGCAAUGAAGCUGGCUCCUGGUGUGAGCAUGUGGAACCCAACUACCCAGGUGCUGCUCAGCUCUGCAGCAUCCCAGCAGGAGGACAAAGGCGGCCCAGCCUCUCCUCCCAUUGAGCAGGACCCCAUCCAGACAGGUGCCCCGAAGCCACAGGUGACGGUGGCACAGCUAAUAAAGAACUCAACCCCCAAAGUGUGGUCACUCUCCUCCAAGUACCUGCCCCAUACUGGGUCCUGAACCUCUGGCGGUGGGAAUCCUACCUUCCUUCUGUCUGCUUGCCAGAAAUAAACACCUGAGCUGCUUAACCAAUUGUCCUGAUAUCUCUGUCAGUUUCUUCCAAGGGUAUAUACUCUCACUGAACUGGAGAGGAGCAGUUGUCCUGCAGGCCUACAAAAAUAUGGAACACUGGCUCCAGGGAACAACCCCAUUACCACCCCUAGGAGACCCUCUUUAGGGCAGAGGCUGCUCCCCAGCAGAGGCGUUCUGGAGAACCACGCCCCUCCCGGCAGAGGAGCAGACAGCAGGGCUAAAGUGGCAGCUGCCUCAGCUGGAGAGGAGGAGGAAGGGGAUGGCCCUGCUUAAGUGCAGACUGACUCAAGACAUGAAGAGUUUGAGUUCUUGCUUCUCCAGUCACUGGAGCUCUGUCAAUUAACCUUAAAGUGCAAAUAGAGAAUUAGAGCCCUGCAGGGCUGGGGAAGCCGUGACUCUUGAUAUUUGAUUUGGACCUUUGACUGGGGUGAGGCAAUCAAGUGGCUUGGGCAUGCAAUUUAAGGAGGAACUCACUCUCAGGCUCAAACAGCGUGCUUGAACAAAUCCAAGAGUAUUUGCUCCCUUAAAUUCUGUGUCUUAGGCUCCACACCAGCCUCACUGCUAAUCCCCACACAGCUUUGA